CCUCAGCGCCCGUAGUUGCGAAUUUUGCUAGUGCCAGGAAUAAUACGCAGGCGCCGUUCAUUUGCAUGGUGUGUGUCCUUGUUUUAGCUGCAGCGAUCGGAGCUGUGGCGGUGGUCCUACUCUUUCGACUAUGGGUAGUGCUUCAGCUGCAGGACGUGACGCCCCGGGCGUCUCUCAAUCUCCUGGUGGUGGCUGGGUCCGGUGGGCAUACCACAGAGAUCCUGAGGCUGGUUGGGAGCUUGUCCAGUGCUUACUCCCCUAGACAUUAUGUCAUUGCUGACACUGAUGAAAUGAGUGCCAAUAAAAUUAAUUCUUUUGAACUAGAUCAAGCUAAUCGAGAUUAUAAUACCAUGUGUACCCAAUACUACAUUCACCGAAUUCCAAGAAGUCGUGAGGUUCAGCAAUCCUGGCUUUCCACAGUGUUCACCACCUUGCACUCCAUGUGGCUCUCCUUUCCCCUGGUUCACCGAGUAAAGCCAGACUUGGUGUUGUGUAAUGGACCAGGAACAUGUAUUCCUAUCUGCAUAUCUGCCCUUCUCCUUGGAAUACUAGGAGUGAAGAAAGUGAUCAUCGUCUACGUCGAAAGUAUCUGCCGAGUAGAAACUUUAUCCAUGUCUGGGAAGAUUCUGUUUCAUCUCUCAGAUCACUUCAUUGUUCAGUGGCCGACUCUUAAGGAGAAGUAUCCCAAGUCUGUGUACCUGGGGCGAAUUGUUUGACAAAUGAAACAACAGACUUUAUUUCCUGUAUGGAAGCAGUGAUGUCCCCAGUGAGUUCUUUCAGCAUAAAGGAAACAGUUAUAUUAAAUUGGCUUCAUGACAGUUUGCACUCCACAGGCUUCCAGAACCUUGAGCAUAAACGAGUAUCUCUUUUCAUUCUUCAGUCUUAUUUUAUGAGUAGUUGGCCUCAAUCCACAAUAUCUUCUUAAAUCUUUUUUAAUUGUUAAAAUAUAUUAAAAGGUAACCAUUGUUGUACUAAUAAAAACAUGAUUCUACUUAUCAGAAAUCUAAACUCAAAACAUUGUUUAAAAUGUUUUAGUAAAUUCACAAUGUCAUGACUGUGGCUGUCUCUGGCAUUAUGACUGUACUUAGACCUGCUACAGUCUGUAUUUACUAUACAUUAAUAUUGUGUGUGCUGUAUGCCAGAUAUUCUUCUAAGCACUUUUCAAAUGUUGUCUUACUUAAAGCUAAUAAGAACUUGAUGAGGUAGGGAAUAUUAUUAUCCCCAUUUUACAGAUGACUUCUCCAGGGUCACAUUCCUAGUAAGUUGCAAAAUCAGGAUUUAAGCCCAGGUAGAGAGUGGUUUGAGAGUGGGGCCAGUUUCAUGGGUAUGUGGUCUGUGAGGUCACAUAGGGUCCCACACUUGGUUUAAUACUCUGUUGUCCACUCUCUUAGAUUUCUUAGAAAUUUGUUUUCAGUUAAUUAGUUUAUUGUUGUUUUGCAGUGUUGCAGUGGAACCCAGGGACCUUCUGCAUGCUAGGCAAGCAAGCACUGUAUCGUACUACGGGACCACAUCCCUGGCCCUCUUAGUAAUUUUUAAACAGGGGACUCAUGGAUUAUGUAGCUGGUCCUACCUAGAUUUUGUGCUCCUAAUGGUGCCAUGUCUUCUACAAUAGAAACUCUUCAAUAACCAGAUUCUUGUCCCCUCCCUCUGAGCUCUGCUCCUUUAACAAAGCAGCAAAAAAUGAGAAUAUCUUCACUUACAAUAUUAUUUUUUUCCUCUUAAAUCUUUUUUUGUCUAAGUAUGAUAUAAACUUAAUAAAUAAAUGAUAAAUGAUUAAUUGUGCUUAAAAGAGGCAUGAUCACCCAAGGUGACAUAAACUUAAAAUGCUGAGGUUGAUCUAGACUUUCUUAUUCUAUUAGAAAAACUCUUCUGAGUCAAGUAAUGUAAACACAUCUGUCAUCAAGACCUUUUCCUAGCUUUUUAGUUGGAGAAACGUGGCAGAAGACAUCUCAGAAUGGUGAGUUGAGAGCACUGUGCCAUCUGGACUCAAUUGCCAAGGGGAAACCAAGUGGUGGGUCAUUGUACUUGAUUUUAAUCCUCAGAUCUUAGGUACUAGCUCUGUUUCCACUGACCCGCAGACCUGGAAUAGCAUUCUAGAGAAAACCAGGAGCCAAGACAUAAUAAGCCUCUACUUUUCUAGAGAGAAGGUAAUUUUUCAAUAAUAGCAGCAUGUGCAUUUGAUUCAUGCUUGAAUCUUUCUGUCUUCUGACUUUGUUCCCAAGUGGCCCUGUAUAGAUGGUUGAGAAGAAAAAGUAAACUGCUCAGUUCAGUUCAGUUAAUCUGCAGUGCUAUAGGACAGCUUCCCCAGCCCUACAGGUAAUCUGACCACAGAGGCUCUAUAAGCCACAGUUUACAGUGAUCAGACCAGAGAAUUGUACAAAAGAUUUUUUCCAGAAACAUACGCCCCAGAUGUUUUACAGACCCUUAACUCAGACAGUGGCUAGCCUGGAAUGUCAGAGAAAGAAUCUGUGUGUUAUAUCACUCAAAGUUUAGAAAUAUUUUUCCCAGUUCAGGCUGCUGCGCACACAUUCGGAGCCAACGGAGGCACAUGUUACGUCUUCCUGCUCAGUUCCAGGUUAUUUGGUAAACAAGUGCAUGCUCUACUCUGUGUUGUUGUUAUGGCUAAUUCGAGUAUUCAAGGUCGCACCAGCAGAGGGGGCUAGAUUUAGAUUCCAGUAGGGGCACAGUUCCCUGCUCUGCACUUCUGUGUCAUUCUGAAAGACAGCACUCCCAUCUCAGCUCACACUGAAGAUCAGUAGUUAGAUUAGACUUUCCAAUUUCUCUUAAAACACUGUGGGACACAUCUUUUACUGUAAGAGACCAUUUAUAAAAAAUUAACUGAAUCAGCCUUCAAAUGAGAGGCAGGGAAACCACACAUCCUGCCCACACCUACUUCCCUGGAAGAUUUUUAUCUCAGUUCAGCUAUCCAAAAAGGUCUCAGCAGCUUGCCAGGUCAGAAGGUCUGACUAUUUCAAAUAGGAUGCCCUAAAGUCAUGACAGGAAGCUUUAGCUUGGAACGAAGAGUGCUGUGAAACCAUGUCAACAAGAGAAGUGUAGUACAUUUUCUAAUUGGAUAGCAAAAGGUCCUGUUAGAAGAGGGUGACCAGCUUCCCCUCAUAAAAGCAACUUGAAACACACUGUUUAUUUUACUUUCCAAAGUUAUAUGAUAGGUUAAAAUUGCCUCCUUACCGUGUUCCUUAGACCAAAUCAGUGCUUUCUUUUUUCAGAAAAGUCACUAUCCCCUGAAAGACAUUUGAAGGCAAUGUAUAUUUAUUAAGUAUCUCUUACCACUGAUAAGAACAUUGUCUAAGUGUUCAAGAAAACUGUCCCCCAUACAGGUCAGUGUUUGGGGUGUUGUAGAAUUUCUUCCCAUGAUUUCAGCCAUAACACAAUGAGCAGACACCCAAAUCCUGUCUGCCCUGAACUUUCUUCUGUUCAGGACAUCACUCUAGCACUCUAACAACAAAUAUCUGCAGUUGUGUCCUUGUCGCCAACUCAUUUUAAACAUGGAUUUGACAUAACUCCUCCUUUUCCCUCUCGAAUAAUUAACUGGUAUCAACUUGCUAACCUCUGUCAUAUCCCUCAGAUAACGAACUUUGGAAUCGUUUUAUUUUUUCAGUCUUUCCUUAGUCAUAUAUAAUAGGUUGCUUUUUUAAAUUUUUUAUUUAAAUAUCACCAGCAGUUUCCCCUGUCUUUUCUUCCUUUGGAAUUACCUUUACUUUUUCUCCCUUGUCUGAAUUGCCUUGUUGACUCUGCCAUUGACCUAGUUCAUGUCUACCCUUUCCUUUUCAGUCCCCUGAUCAUAGCUUAAGCCAGACCAACAUAAAUUCCCUGCUCGAUUAGCACAUUUUAUUAAGGAACUGAGAGAGGUUAAACAUUGUAUGAUAAUAUUAAACUCUGUAUAAAUAGUAAAUACCACAUGAAUAGCAAAAAUUAUGUUAUUAGAAAGUAGCAGAGCUAGGAUUUGAACCAAGACACUUUAGCUUCAGCCCAGACUCCUUUUAAUAGCUAUGUUAAGAUUUAAGCUGGGAGUGGUGGCACAUGCAUGUAAUCCCAGCAUCUCGGGAGGCUGAGCAGGAGGAUUUCGAGUUCAAAGCCAGCCUCAGCAAAAGCAAGGCACUAAGCAACUCA